CCUACUGAGACUGCUGGCUGACAAGUGAGUGUCUGGAUAAUCGCUUUGGCUAUAUGUGGGCUUUGCGGUACCCUACCAUUGUGCUGGAUACUUUUGGUGGCAGUCUUGCUGGUGGUCACUAGUCUCAUUACUUUAACAGCCUUGGCUGGAACCAAGAUCGUGCAGCUAACGGCGUUGGGGUUCAAAGCCAGUGAUUUAUUCCCGAUCUCUUUAUACAGUUGGGGAGACGGUGUUGUCCUAAUUUCUCAUGCGUCUACCAACCAUGUCCGGGAACUUUCUUUUAGCACCCAUUCCUGAAGCAGUGGACAGCUGUCUGCAGCAUAAAAAUCUAAAGAUAGCCGUUUUGGGAGCAAGCGGCGUAGGAAAAACUGCUAUGAUAGUGAGAUUUCUUACCAAGCGAUUUAUUGGAGACUAUGAAUCCAAUACAGGCAAUGUGUAUUCCAGACUGGUGGAUGUGGAAGGAGAGCAGCUUUCUUUGCAUAUACAGGAUACACCCUGCAUUGAGGCUCAAGGAGAUUGUGCUGCACUUUCUGAUCUGGUAUCACGAUGUAUUCUAUGGGCAGAGGGCUUUAUUUUAGUCUAUUCUGUUACCGAUUAUAGCAGUUAUGAAUCAGUUCGACCACUCUUCCAGCACCUUCGCAAGGUUCAUCAAAAUGCCAAGGUUCCGGUUGUAAUAGUAGGCAACAAAGGAGACCUGCUUCAUGCAAGACAGGUCCAGGUUGACAAAGGGAUUGAGCUGGCAAACGAAUUUGGGGCUCAUUUUGUGGAAAUCUCCACAAGUGAGAGCUGUGAAGAAGUUUAUGAUGUGUUCCAGAAUCUUUGCAGAGAUGUUAUCAAGUCUCAUCUUCUCUGCUGUGGGGAAAAGAGACGAGGCUCUAUAAUUCCACGACCCCGUUCACCGAAUAUGCAGGACCUUAAAAGAAGGUUUAAACAGGCACUCUCGUCCAAAGUGAAAGCUUCUUCAACAUUAUGAUAGUCUAAGACUUCCUUCUGAGGGUAUAUUUUGUUGUGUCGAGGAUCAUUGACUGCUCUUGCUGCUACAACCAACUGUGCACUUAGUGGGUCUUGUAGGCCUCAUCUUGGUUUAAAGUGUUGUAUAAAUAUUUUUAUACUGCUGCAGAUUGUUUAUUUUUGUAUAAAUAUUACCAUUACUUUUGUUUACAGUAUUACAGUUUAUUUUUAUUGUCACAUACUUUAAAACUAAAUGCCCUGGAGGCAGAAUGCUGGCAAUUCAGAUAUAUGUUUUGGAAAAAUGGACAGUUGCAUGGAAAAUAUGCAAAUUUAAGAAAACACAGCUGACUUAAGACUGUGUAUUUAUGGGAUAUACAAAUAAAAACCUUGCUGUUCAGUUGUUUUUCUUUUAUAAUAUCAGCACAUUUCGAAACUGAGAAGUAAUUAAUCUGCUGUUAAGGUGUCCAUUUUUUGUAAAUAAACCUUGUAUUUGAUAUGGAA